GAGCCGAGCCGGGCCGGGCCGGGCCGGGCGGCCGCACCAUGCCGGGCUACGACUACAAGCUGCUGGAGCGGCCGCGGCGGCGGGUGCUGUGCCCGCUCUGCGGGAAGCCCAUGCGGGAGCCCGUGCGCGUCUCCACCUGCGGCCACCGCUUCUGCGACACCUGCCUCCAGGAGUUCCUCAGCGAAGGCGUCUUCAAGUGCCCCGAGGACCAGCUGCCCCUGGACUACGCCAAGAUCUACCCGGACCCGGAGCUGGAGGCGCAAGUGCUGAGCCUGGCUAUCCGCUGCAUCCACAGCGAGGAAGGCUGCCGCUGGAGCGGCCUCAUCAAGCACCUGCAGGCCCACCUCGGCACCUGCGCCUUCAACGUCGUCCCCUGCCCCAACCGGUGCAGCGCCAAGCUGAGCCGCCGCGACCUGCCCGAGCACCUGCAGCACGGCUGCCCCACGCGCAGGGUCACCUGCGAGUUCUGCGCCAGCGACUUCACCGGCGAGGCCUUCGAGGGCCACCAGGGCAUGUGCCCCCAGGAGAGCGUGUACUGCGAGAACAAGUGCGGGGCGCGCAUGAUGCGGCGCCUGCUGCCCCAGCACGCCCUGGCCGAGUGCCCCAAGCGCACCCAGCCCUGCGCCUACUGCGCCAAGGAGUUCGUCUUCGACACCAUCCAGAACCACCAGUACCAGUGUCCCCGGUACCCCGUGCCCUGCCCCAACCAGUGCGGGACGCCCAGCAUCGCCCGGGAGGACGUGCCCACCCACCUCAAGGAGAGCUGCAACACUGCCAUGCUGCUGUGCCCCUUCAAGGAAGCCGGCUGCAAGCACCGGUGCCCCAAGCUGGCCAUGGGCCGGCACCUGGAGGAGAGCACCAAGGCGCACCUGGGCAUGGUGUGCGCCCUGGUGAGCCGGCAGCGGCAGGAGAUCCUGGAGCUGCGGCGCGACGUGGAGGAGCUGUCGGUGAGCAGCGACGGGACGCUCAUCUGGAAGAUCGCCGACUACGCCCGCAAGCUGCAGGAGGCCAAAGCCCGCAGCAACUACGAGUUCUUCAGCCCCCCUUUCUACACCCACAAGUACGGCUACAAGCUCCAGGUCUCGGCCUUCCUCAACGGCAACGGGAGCGGCGAGAGCAGCCACCUCUCCGUCUACAUCCGCGUGCUGCCGGGCGAGUACGACAACCUGCUGGAGUGGCCCUUCUCCUACCGCGUCACCUUCUCGCUGCUGGACCAGAGCGACCCAUCGCUCUCCAAGCCCCAGCACAUCACCGAGACCUUCCACCCCGACCCCAACUGGAAAAACUUCCAGAAGCCGGGAGCCUCGCGCAGCUCCCUGGACGAGAGCACCCUGGGCUUCGGCUACCCCAAGUUCAUCUCCCACGAGGACAUCAAGAAGCGCAACUACGUGCGGGACAACGCCAUCUUCAUCAAAGCCUCCGUGGAGAUCCCCCAGAAGAUCCUCGCCUGAGCCGGCGCCGGAGAGGACGCGCGUGGGGCUCCCGCCCGGGCGCCGGGCAGCUGGGGCUGCCCCACAUGGUGCUGAGU